AUGAUGUCAAAAUUGUUAUUAGGUUCGGGAAUGCCAUGUUUUGAUGUGGGAAUCUGUAUGGAACAUUCUGACUACAUUUGCCACUGUUCCAAGGCUGUGGCUGAAAGACACGAUGGCUUUAAGCAAGUCCAGCCAAUCUACCCUAUAGCACGAACAUUUAUUCUCGUGUUGAAGGAACACACCCAACUCGUGACCCACAUAAUGUUAUUCAGUUCAGCCUUACAUGGCGACCAUGGAACUAAGAUUCAUGAGACAGAAAUCUCCGUGGUGAAAAGCCCUACUCUGUCGUCACCCUCUUCCAACUUCGUGCACAGACUCAGCAACGCUAUUGUGCUAAGUGUACCUUCCACACGACAAUCUUAUCCUUCACCUACACCUCCCUCAACAAACCUAACCGUCUCACCGCGAUACAAAACGUGA